CAGAGAGGAUGUCAAAUCCCAAUCAAGGUUCAGGCUGCCAUGGAUGUGUGUGUGCUUCAUGUGAAGCUGCUGUAGUCUGGCAGUCUCCACUCUCCACUUGUUCCAGCUGUUCCACAGAGUGAACAGGGCAAAGUGCUUCAAGCCUCAGCUGCCUCUCUAAAUCUGCAGUUAUCCAUGCCCCUCUAAUUAUUACUUCAUGAAUGUUAUCGACAGCGAGAAGCACCGGGAGCCUUCAGAUGAACAGCAGCAUGCAAGGAGCCAAACUUGAUCAUCUACUUUACAGGAACUGGUCUGAACAAGAUCUGAAUGGGACACAGGAGCCCUUUCUAACUGCAAAUGCUGAUUACGAUGAUGAAUUUCUUCGCUAUCUUUGGAGGGAGUAUCUGCACCCAAAACAAUAUGAAUGGGUGCUAAUCGUUGGCUAUAUCAUAGUCUUCAUCAUUGCUCUUAUUGGAAAUAUACUAGUUUGUGUUGCAGUAUGGAAGAACCAUCACAUGCGGACAGUCACCAACUAUUUCAUUGUCAACCUCUCACUUGCUGAUGUGCUCGUUACAAUCAUUUGUCUUCCAGCAACUCUGCUGGUUGAUAUAACAGAAACAUGGUUCUUUGGGAAGACCCUCUGCAAGGUUAUUCCUUACUUACAGACUGUGUCUGUGUCAGUUUCUGUGCUAACCCUCAGUUGCAUCGCCCUGGAUAGAUGGUAUGCAAUUUGUCACCCGUUAAUGUUUAAAAGUACUGCCAAAAGAGCACAACAGAGUAUCGUUAUUAUUUGGAUUGUAUCCUGUGUUAUAAUGAUUCCUCAGGCUAUUGUCAUGGAGUGCAGAAGUGUGUUUCCAGAAUUAGCCAACAAAACAAUCCUAUUUACUGUGUGUGAUGAGCGCUGGGAGGGUCAGAUUUAUUCCAAAGUCUACCACAUUUGCUUCUUUUUUAUCACCUACAUGGUCCCCUUAUGUUUGAUGAUUCUAGCAUACCUGCAGAUUUUUAGAAAACUAUGGUGUCGUCAGAUUCCAGGAACCUCCUCUGUAGUUCAGAGGAAGUGGAAGCCCUUACAAUGUUCCAUUCAUUCUAAAGGGCAGCAAUCAACUAAAUCAAGAAAUAAUGCUGUGGCAGCUGAAAUAAAACAGAUUCACACUAGAAGGAAAACAGCCCGGAUGCUCAUGGUUGUUCUGCUGGUCUUUGCACUUUGCUACCUACCAAUUAGCAUUCUUAAUAUUCUAAAGAGGGUGUUUGGCAUGUUUACUCACACAAAUGACAGGGAAACUGUAUAUGCCUGGUUUACUUUUUCCCACUGGUUGGUGUAUGCAAAUAGCGCAGCAAACCCUAUUAUUUACAACUUUCUGAGUGGUAAAUUUAGAGAAGAGUUCAAAGCAGCUUUUUCAUGCUGUUGCCGUGGAAUUCAUAAUAAUCAGGACGAUCAUCUCAUUCGAGGCAGAGCAAGCACUGAAAGCAGAAAAUCAUUGACUACGCAGAUCAGCAACUGUGAUAAUGUUUCCAGACUUUCAGAACAUGUUGUCCUCACCAACAUAAAUACUUUAAAUGCAAAUGGCAGUGGAGCGGUUCACAAUUGGUAGCUUCUUUAUGCCAUAGUGACCUGUUGCAAAAGCAAUCAAACGAAUAACAAAAUAAAGUUUUGCAUUAUUAAAGAACAAUUUUACUUGCUAGGUCACCACUGACUCAAUGAAACAGACAUAAUAAAUGUUGCAGUUGCUAAGAAUUGGCCUUGGGAUGCACCGUAAUCAUUUUUCAGAUAUGGAGCAAUACUGAAAAUGAUAACGAAUGCUGGAAUUUGCCCCUACAGGGUGACUGGAUGUAUGGCUGGAGUAUUAUUCAUGUUCAUUAAUGCAUUUUCUUUUUGUAAUUUUGAUCUCCAUACUUCAAGUCUGCUAAAAAAAAAAA